AUGCUGAGACAUACGUCAACCCCAAAACAAAGGUCCCUGCCAACAUCGGCGUUGUGCUUUUUGAAAAUACCAAGACUGUGCAAAAGUACUUGUCGCGUCUUGGAGUUGCUGUAG